AUGUUGGGUAUUACCGAAGUUAUCGAUAAUUUAUAUAUAUCUGGCCUUGAAUCUCGACAAGCGAUAUUAAAUAAAGGUAUUCGUUGUGUUUUUAAUAUAUCAUCAGAAUGUCCAAUACAAGAUCUGGGACCAUCAGUUGAAUAUGAAAAAGUAAGCAUACAAGAUCUACCAACAACAUCGAUACAACCUUAUUUUGAUCGAAUAACUGAUCGUAUACAUCAAAAUAUUCAACAAGGAAAAAAAACUCUUGUUCAUUGUUAUGUUGGUCGAUCAAGAUCGGCAAGUAUUAUUUUGGCUUAUUUAAUGAAAUAUCAACAAAUGUCAUUACGUGAAGCAUUUUAUUAUUUACGUUCUCGUCGACAUAUUAUUGGUCCAAAUUUUGGUUUUAUUAAACAAUUAAUUUCUUAUGAAAGAUCUUUAACCGGUUAUACAACUGUUUCAUUUGUUAAUACAUCAUUUGGUGCCGUGCCAGAUAUAUAUUUAACAACAUCAGCAUCAUCAUCACGCCCACGUCGACCAAUGCCAUCAACAACAACAGUACCAGUUCAAACAACAACUACUAAUAAUACUAUAAGUAGAUCAAGAUCAUCAACAAAACCAGCACUUAGUUUCUCACCAGUACGUUCAACAUUUUCAUAUUCAUCAUCACCAUCAUUAGUAGUACCACCACGUCAAGGUUCAUAUGUCAAUCGUACAGCAACAAGCGCAUUACCAGGUCGAUCCAUAGCUGAGCCGAACAAUUCCAAUAUAUACACUCAUGGUGCUAGUAGCAAUAGUACUAAUUAUCGUCCGGUUACGACGUCGUCUUCCAUAUAUCAAACACCAAGUAGUUAUAAUCAUCUAAAUUCUUCAACAAUACGACAACAACCUGAUUUAUCUCGUAUGUAUUCUGCAUCAAGAAAACCAUUCGAAUUAACUCGUGAAUACUCAAUUCCACCGAAAACAAAUGAUACAUUUCGAACAGUCAAAUAUGUUCCAUCAGCUUAUAAUCGUUAUCAUCUCCCAUAA